UCCCUCAAAUCUAAAUCCAUCUCCGAUCUCUGUCUAUAUAAAGCGAUCCACAUCCGGUGACCAUCAUCCUAUAGCAAGCAGAUUCACAGAUAUCAGAAAAGCUCUUUGAAAAGAAGCACCGAAGGUUGUCACUUCAUAACCCUGCAAAACCGACGACAAUGUCUCUGAUCCCAAGCAUUUUCGGCGGCCGAUGGGACCCCUUCUCGAUGGACGUCUGGUCACCCAACUUCACGUCCAACGAUGAGCUGUCGACCUUCGCGAACCUGCGGGUUGACUGGAAGGAGACGCCGGAAGCCCAUGUGUUUAAAGCCGACCUGCCGGGCCUCAAGAAGGAGGAGGUGAAGGUGGAGAUGGAAGAGGGAAGAGUUCUCAAGAUCAGCGGAGAGAGGAGCGUCGAGAAGGAGGACAAGGGCGAGGAAUGGCACCGGGUUGAGAGAGGCCGCGGCAAGUUCCUGCGGAGGUUCCGGCUGCCGGAGAAUGCCAAGGCGGACGAGGUGAAAGCGUCGAUGGAGAACGGCGUCCUGACUGUAGCCAUCCCCAAGCUGCCGGAGAAGAAGCCGGAGGUGAGGUCCGUCCAGAUCACCGGCUGAGAAGGUUGUGUUACGUUGGUUCGAGCGGCUUUUUAAUCCGAUCGCGGUGCGAGGAAGGUGAUAAGAGUCCGAGAGAAGUUUGUGUCAUGAGUCGUUUUGUACGUUGUUGUGUGUGUCCAGUGUGCCGUCUCAGCAUUUUGGCCUAGAUCGAGGAUUGUAAU